GUUAAAUUUACAAAAAUUCCAGUUCAAAAUCACGGAAAUUAUUUUUCAUAAUUGGAAAAUUCGUUAGAUGGUAGUGAAAUUACGAGUGAAGAUACGAGUGGUCAAUUUCACGACAGUUCUGAAAUGGAUGUACCUCAGAAUCUGGACAACAAUUUCAAAAGCCCAUCUGUUAAGGUCACAAAAAAGAGAAAAGCUGACGAUAAGGUAGAACAAAUUGAAAACAGGAUGGAUGAAGCAUUUACGUUUUUAAAACAAAUUUCGCAAACUCCGGCCAAAAGUAAGUGUUCACUUUUUACCGACCUGUUGUGCGUCAAAUUACAAGGACUUAGUGAACAAAAGCAAGAUAUUGCAAUGAUGGAGAUUAAUAAUAUUAUGUUUCGUCUCAAUCAUUCUGCUGAACAAAUAGUACAGCCACCAUUGUAUUAUCAAUAUCCAAAUACCAGUUUCCCGACAUAUUCGCCAUAUUUACUCAAUGAUAAUUAUUCAACCGCAUCAUCAUCAUCUGCAUCUCUUCAGCCACAACCAUCGCCCGACUACAUAUUAUCUAUGCCAUCUACGUAUUAUGAUUUAUCUCAAAACCAGAAUUCCUCUGAGGACUCAACCUCCAUGUCAUCUCCACAUUUUCAGCAAUUCCAAAAUCCAUCGCCAACACCAUCACAAUAUAGCAAUGUAGGAGCAAAAAGUUUGGAUUAA